UGACCGUAACAGAUGGAUGCAAUUAAGAGGAAAUCGGGAGAGAUGGUGGUGGUGACAGAAUGGAAAAUACUCCUGUUCACCUGACACUAUAAUUCACUGGCUUCAGAGGGGAGCAGAUGGAUUUAUGGGGAUCCUAUGGGCCUGGGCCAAGAAGAACUUAAGAGCAGCAAAGUUGAGGACUCUCCCCUGCAGACCUUGUGACCGGAAGGAUUCUAUGAACGUGGGAGGUAGAGGACUUUGGGGUCCUGCCAGAAAAUUUCAGAGUUGGGGAAGGAGCCAGGAGUCCCAAAGAAUGUCCUUGGAGAAUUCUCAUUCCAAAGUCAAUGGGGCAAGCUGUUACACAGCUGGAAGGAUCCUGAAUGGGUCUGAUUUCCUCAGGUUUGGGAAGGUUGUGUCUCACCCUCUGGGCAGGGUCAUCAAGCCUGGGGUCCCACCAGGAGGCCAGGCCACCAGCACAGUGUGCAGGCUCAGCCUAUGGUCCCCUUUACCUGGGAAUGUUACCAACUGGGUGGCAUCCUACCCACUCCCUGGUCUCUGGGAAAUUGGUUUUGCAGGGGACAGGGAAUUGCAGGAAACCAAUCAGUGCCAUUAGUGGGUUAGAAAAGCUCUUGGGGGCAGCAGCUUUUUCCAGCUCCCACCCCAGACAUUGGCUUAUGCACUGAUGGUGUGGGAGGGGUGGGGUGAGACCAGGCUGGAUCUCUUAAAAGCAAUUCCAUUUCUGUUCUCAGGAAAAUAGAACUUCUACCCUGAGAGGAGUCAAAGAGGAGGCAGAACUAUGGCAGGAAAGUUCCGGAAGUCCCAUAUCCCUGGGGUGAGCAUCUGGCAGCUGGUGGAAGAGAUCCCUGAAGGCUGCAGCACGCCGGACUUUGAGCAGAAGCCCGUCACCUUGGCUCUGCCAGAGGGGAAAAAUGCUAUCUUUCGGGCUGUGGUCUGUGGGGAGCCCAGGCCCGAGGUGCAAUGGCAGAACUCCAAAGGUGACCUCAGUGACUCCAGCAAGUACAAGAUCUCCUCCAGCCCUGGCGGCAAGGAGCACAUGCUGCAGAUCAACAAGCUGACAGGUGAGGACACGGAUCUGUACCGCUGCACAGCAGUAAAUAUGUACGGAGAGGCCACGUGCUCAGCGAGACUCACCGUCAUUGAAGUUGGCUUUCGGAAGAAUCGGAAGAGGCACAAGGAACCACAGGAAGACCUCAGGAAGGAGCUGAUGGACUUCCGGAAGUUGCUGAAAAAGAGGGUCCCACCAGCCCCUGAGAAAAAGAUAGACCUUGAGCAGGUAUGGCAGCUGCUGAUGACAGCAGACAGGAAGGACUACGAACAGAUCUGCAUGAAGUACGGCAUUGUUGACUACCGUGGCAUGCUGCGCAAGCUACAGGAGAUGAAGAAGGAGCAGGAGGACAAGAUGGCACAGUACAUCAAUGCCAUCUCCAGCUUAAGACACAUCAGGGUCACCAAGGAUGGGAUUGCAAAGUUUGACCUGGAGCUGGAUCUCAAGGAUUCUCAGAGCAAGAUUUACCUGUAUAAGGAUGGUGAGAUGAUCCCCUAUGGCUUCAACAACCAGACCAAGCACUGUCUGCGCCGGCUGGGAAAGCGCUAUGAGUUCCAGAUCCAAGACCUGAGGCCUGAGGACUCUGGCAUUUACCAGGUCAAGGUGGAGGAUGCUGUGGUCUUCUCCACAGAACUGGAGGCCAGUGCCAUACCCCCAAGAGUGGUGGUCCCACUGGUGGAGACCCACUGUGAGGAGCACGGUGACGCAGUCUUCGAAUGUACCUUCUCCAGCCCCUGCCCUAGUGCAGCCUGGCAUUUCCGGCACCGGCUACUCCACCCCAGUGACAAAUAUGAAGUGUUUGUGUCCCCCGACGGGCUGACCCACCGGCUGGUGGUGAGGGGCGCCCGUUUCUCAGACAUGGGCCCCUACUCGCUGGGCACUGGGCUCUACACUUCCAGCGCCUGGCUGGUGGUUGAAGCUGGGAAGGAUAAAGACCUUCAGUCCACUAGUGCUGACCACCAACUACAGAGGCAAGGAGCCCAGGCCUCAGGAGCAGAAGAGUCUGGGAGCAUCAACAGCCAGGGAGAGAAAUUCAGAGAGCAGGACCCCAGUGGGGGAUCCCUUGAGGGGGCAGGGAUGGCUUCUGGGUUGCAGCACAUAGCCAGCCCAGACAGGGAUGGCCUUGGCAGACAUGGCUACUCCUUGAUGGAGGACAAGGGGGCAGCUGACUCAGCCUGGGGCCCUGGACAGGAAGGUGAAGGCUUUCUAGAAGCAGAGGGAAGCAGAGUCACUCUUCCCAGGGAAAGUCAAUCUGGCAGAGAGGGAGGCUGGGCUGAAAGCCUUGCAGAGAGGCCCUAUCUACAGGGAGAGAGCUCAGAAUCAGGGUUGGGCCUCCCAGAAAAACGACAGCAAGAUCGUGGCAGAGACAGCAACGGUGAUGAAUGCUGGAGGACAGCAGGAGGCUGGGAGGCUGGGUCCAGUCCGCUUCAGGCUGGAGGACUGGGGAGCAGCAGGGAAGGAAAGGAGCACAGAGGGGAUAGUGGAAGACAACUGGAUAGGCACGCCCCGGAGCAACUGUGGGAUGCUCAACUGAGACCUGGGAGAGGAAAGAGUGACAUGCAAGGCUACCAGUCUGAUCCUGUAGGGUCCUGGCCAAGAGGAAAGCAGAUAAAGAUUUCACAGGGUGAUAGCUUGGCUGAGAUGGACAGAGGGGAUGCUCCAAGUAGGGAAAGAAGGAGAGGAGUAGUAGUGUGGGGUAGUGGGACUGGCCUGGGAGAAGCUGGAGACAGCAAUGGGGCGGGAGGUCCUGGCACCCUGGAGUUUACUGGAGGAAGAGGUUCUGGCUCCAAGGCAGGUAUGGGCCCUGAAUCCUGGGAUUCUCAGGGAGGUAGAGAUACUGACUAUGGGGAAGCCUGGGGCUACCGGGGGUCAGGAGAGUUUCUAGGACAGACACUUGGAGGCAAGGAUUUCCAGGAACCAUCAAUAUCAGGUGGUAGAAAAUUCCUUCUGGGAGAUGGGAGUCCUGAGAUCAAAGCUGAAGACUCACUGCAAGAGGCAGAUGGUCUGUGCAGGGGGGAAUCUGUAGUUGGAGGAAGUGUCUACAAAACUGGCCCUGGAGGCCCAGGAGACCCCAGUGGCUGCGAAGGUGGCCUACAGGAACUCAGGGGAAGGGAUGGCCGGGAAACAGCUUGGGCCUCAGGUGAGAUAGGGGAUGACCCCAGAAGCUUCCAGUCUUCCCAGGAGUGGACAGCAGGUCACAGAGCAGCAGGGGGUGUUGGCAGAAUAGAAUCUAAGGGCACAAGUCCUUGGGAUGACACACCAUCUGGCCUCAGAAAAACUGGAGCCCACUAUGGGCCUGGAGUGCUGGGACCCAGUGGAGGGCAAGAGGGUAGGGGUGGUACCCAGGUGGCUGGACUGACAGAGUCUGGUCAGGGGGUGGAUGCCAGAAGCCGUGGGCUAAGUAGGUCUCCAGGCCUGGGUGCUCAGGGAUCUGGGGGGAUACUAGGAGAUACGGAAGGAUUAAGAGGUCCUGGGUCAAUAGGGUCUGAACCAGAUUUCUGGGAUGGGUCAGGGAGCUCCAGAGUAAAAGGACCCAGAGGCUAUAAGGAUGACUUGGAAGGUCCUGGGAGAAUGGAAUCUAGGUACGAGGGCGGCUUAGGAUAUUCUAGGGGAAUAGGCCCUGAAAGCGGGGCUGGUUACAGCUAUGGCUCAGGGGUUCCAGGAGAAAUGGGGUCUGGCCAUGGUGCUGGUUGUAGAGUUUCCCCUAGGGCACCUGCGGGAAUGGAGUCUGAGGAAGGGGGUGCGUACAGGAAUGGCUCUGGGGUACCUGGGGGAGUGUGGUCAGGAAACGAAGAUUCUGGCCCUGCAGGAGGAGGGUCUGGGAGAGUUGCCAGUCUUAAGAACGGCUCAGGUGGUCCUGAUGGAGCACCCGUGGAUGACAUCAGGAAUUGGGCCUCUGCACGCCAGGGCGGCAUGGGCCCUAGGAGAGGGCACCAUUCAGAUGGCGGCCUAGGGAGUGAGAUGACGGGGUCUGUGGAUAGAGGUGGUCUCAAGGCCCCUGGAGUAGUGGAGACUGUUGGUAUGGGAUGUGUGGAAGCAGAACCAGAGAGCUCUGGAAGAAUAAGGCCUUGGAGUCAGACUGGCUUCAGAGCCUCAGAGGCCCUGGAGGCCUUUGGAGAAGGAGGCUAUGAAGAUGGCUCUGGGGGUCCAGAAGCCAUGGAACCAGGGUCUCUGAGGGCAGGGAGCAAAGUGGGUGAGGGGAAUGGGACAAGAUGCCCUGGUGCUAGGGCCUCUGGAGCUGGAGCUGGUUACAGGAAUGAUACCAGGCACCCUGAGGCACUUGCACCUCACACUGGGGCUGCUUCUGAGAGCCAGUGGGCUUAUGGGGCUGGCAAUGUGCUGGGUUAUGAGGAUGGAUCAGAACUUCCAGGGCCUCAGGGAACUGGGGUCAGAACAGCCUAUGGAGGAGGGUCAAGGGGCCUUGGGCCUAGGAGUACAGGACCAGGGGGUGAGGCAGCCUUUAGAGAGAGUUCAGGGGACCUCCAAGGAAUGGGAUCAGCAGAUGGGCUGGGUUGUAGGAAGGGUAUUGGGAGUUCGGGGGAAAUGGGGUCAGUGGAUAAGGAAGGUUACAGGGGAGAUUUGGGGACUCCUGAGAAUAUGGGUUCGGGGAGCAAGGCUGCUUAUAGGGAUGGUGUAGGGGGUUCUGGGGCAAUGGGGUCAAUGGAUGAAGCAGAUUAUAGGAAAGAUUUAGGGGCUCCUGAAGGAAUAAGUUCAGGGAGCAAGGCAGAUUAUAGGGGUGGUUUAAAGGGUUCCAGGGAAAUGGGGCCAAUGGAUGAAGCAGAUUAUAGGAAAGAUUUGGGGGUUCCUGAGGGAAUGGGUGCAGAUUAUAGGUGUGGUUUAAGGGGUCCUGGGGAGAUGGGGUCAGUGGAUGAACCAGGUCAUAGGAAUGGGAUUGGAGGUUAUGGGGAAAUGGGGUCGGGUUAUAGGGAGGAUGUGGGGGCUCCUGAGGGAAUGGGCACAGGGAGCAAGGCAGGUUAUAGCGAUGGCUUAAGGGGUUCUGGAGAAAUGAGGUCAAUGGAUGAGGCAGGUUAUAGGAAAAAUUUGGGAGCUCCUGAGGGAAUGGAUUCAGGGAGCAAGGCAGGUUACAGGGGUGGUUUAAGGGGUUCUGGGAAAAUGCGGUUAAUUGAUGAGGCAGGCUCUAGGAAAGAUUUGGGGGUUUCUGAGGGAAUGGGUUCAGGGAGUAAGGCAGGUUUUAGGGGUGGUUUAAGGGGUUCUGGGGAAAUGGGGUCAGUGGAUGAGGCAGGUUACAGGAAGGAUUUGGGGGUUUCUGAGGGAGUGGGUUCAGGGAGUAAGGCAGGUUUUAGGGAUGGUUUAAGGGGUUCUGGGGAAAUGGGGUCAGUGGAUGAGGCAGGUUACAGGAAGGAUUUGGGGGCUCCUAAGGGAAUGGGUUCAGGGAGUAAGGCAGGUUUUAGGGAUGGUUUAGGGGGUUCUGGGGAAAUGGGGUCAGUGGAUGAGGCAGGUUACAGGAAGGAUUUGGGGGCUCCUAAGGGAAUGGGUUCAGGGAGUAAGGCAGGUUUUAGGGAUGGUUUAAGGGGUUCUGGGGAAAUGGGGUCAGUGGAUGAGGCAGGUUAUAGAAAGGAUUUGGGAGCUCCUGAGGGAAUGGAUUCAGGGAGUUAUACAGAUUACAGGAAUGGUUUAGGCAGUUCUGGAAAAAUUAGUUUAGGAGGUGAGGCAGGUUAUAAGAAUGUUUUAGGGGGUUCUGGGAGGAUUCCAUUAGGGAGUGAGGCAGGUUCUAGGGGUAGUUUGGAGGAUUCUGGGUACAUUUUGUCAAGGAGUGAGGCAGGUUGUGGGCAAGGCUUUGGGGGAACUGGUGGCAUGGGGUCAGGGAGUGAGGUCAGUUAUAGGGGAGGCUCAGGAGGAUCUGGGGAAAUGGGGCCAGAGGGUGAGAUGGGUUAUGGAGAUGGUUCAGGGAGGCUUGGAGUACCAGGCUCACCAGCUGGAAUAGGACAUGAGGCUGGACCCAGAGGCCACAAAGCCAUGGGGCACGGGUCAGGAUAUUGGGUAGCAUCAGAGGGUGGCACGAGCUGCAAGGAUGGUCCAGAGCGAGCCAGGGAAACAGGGCUUGUGGAUGGGGCAGUACCUAGGGUGGAACCUGGGAUGACUGGAAUGCUGGGCACUGCAGGUGGCAUGGCACAGAGAGACAGCCCCAGGGGCCCAGGGGUGCUGGGGUCUCAGGGAGGGCCACAGACUCUUUCAGAUGAGAGAGGCCCCACCAAAGAUCUUGGGGGCUAUGGAACCUCAGGGAUCCCUGAGGCCUUGGAGGCUGCUGGUGCCAAGGGAAAACCAGAUGUCAAAGAAUGGCAAGAUAGUUCUGGGACUCCAGGGUCUUCUAGGGACAGAGGGGCUCCCAGGGCAAAGGAUAGGUCUCCAGACCAAGCAGGGAUUAUGGGGUCUUCUGGGUUUCUUGAUGGCAAGGGGGCAGUAGAAGGUGAAACCUGGGCAGGAAUGGCUGCUCUGGGGUCUGGACAUGAACAGGACAUCUGGAAAGCAGGCCCAGGAAUGACAGACAGGGGUAGAGUUGCUGGCCAGGGGAGAUUGGCAUCUCAGGGAGGCGGGGACUCACUUUUGGGAGGCAGAAGGAUAGGCUCAGGGAGCUCAGCGGGGACAGGCCAGGAUCUGGACAGCAGCUCUAUGCCUGGGGAAAGGGGCAAGUCAACAUCAGGGCCUGCUGAUGGACUAGGAAUGAGUAAUGCCUGGGCUCCUGACUGGGAAAACCAGGGGUUUAGCCGAGGCAGCAUAGGUGCUGCGAAGCAGCCCGCAGGCUCCAGAGUUUCCGGUUCUCUGCAGGAAAAAGAUGCCGCUUUUGGUGGGAUCCAUGAAGGGCCAGGGGGCUUUAAGGGCAGGGAGGGUGCACCAGGCCAAGAGGUGGCUGGUGGAUGCCGAAGCCCAUGGUCCCUGGAUAGCAAAGGUUCAAGUCGUGGAAGCGGCAGUUCUGGUGGUGCAGAGGACUCAGGUAUCCUGGGCAAGGGGAAUUCUACUGAGCGGGGGAAUGCUGUCAUCCCAAAACCUGGGGAGUCAGGACCUCAGGGAGCCUGGAAUGGCUUAGAUGGUCCCUUUGGCAGAAGAGCCUCUGGAGAUAGGUCAGGAGGGACCCAGGACCUGAGCUCUCAGCUAGGCAAGGGACAGAGAGGAGGAAAGAGGUCCCUCGGGGAGCAGGGGUCCCUGGAGGCUGAGGAUGGUGAGGUCCAGGGUCCUGGGGCCCUAAAGGAGGAUGAGGUGCAGGGAGUGGAAGAGGCUGGGAGGUCAGGCAGGAGGCCUGGCUCACUUAGGAGCAGGUCUCAGGCACAGUCAGGGGCUGAGGUGGGAGGAGGAAAGAGAAGGGGAGCGGAUGAGGCUGGAAGCAUGGGAUGGCAGUCUAUGGGGGAGAACCGGGGGUGCCUGGAGGAGAUGCUGAAUGAAGAUCAGAGCCGGGAGCCCCCCGGUCACCUUGGUAGCAGGAGAGGUGGCAAAGAUGGCAGGUUGGACAUCUAUGGAGAGAGGAGAGAUGCUACCCAGAGUUCCACAUCCAGAUAUAAGCCUGGCACUGGCAGUUUCUCCAAGGAGGCCCGAGGUAGGUGCUUCUCUGCUAAGCUGGCUCCCAUGGGCCACUUCUCCCAGGGCCUGGCUGACAUGAAGGUGCAGCAGGGGGAGGCUGCCACACUCUCCUGUACCCUCACCAGUGACCUGGGACCCGGCACCUGGUUUAAGGAUGGCGUCAAGCUCACCUCCCAGGAUGGAGUCAUCUUUAAGCAAGAUGGUCUCGUGCACAGCCUCUUCAUCGCGCACGUGCAGGGGACCCAAGCCGGGAGGUAUACCUUUGUAGCUGGUGACCAGCAGAGCGAGGCCACUCUGACUGUCCAAGAUUCCCCUACCAUUGCUCCAGAUGUGACAGAGAAACUGAGAGAGCCACUGGUGGUCAAGGCUGGGAAGCCGGUGACAGUGAAGAUCCCCUUCCAGAGCCACCUCCCCGUUCAGGCUGCCUGGAGAAAGGACGGGGCCAAGGUGGUGGGCAGUGGUGACAAGGAGGCCCAGGUGGACCUGGGGGACGGCUACACGCGGCUGUGCCUCCCCAGCACAGGCAGGAAGGACAGUGGCCAGUACAGUGUGACGCUGAGGAGUGAGGGAGGCUCUGUGCAGGCUGAGCUCACCCUGCGAGUCCUAGACAAGCCUGACCCCCCACAAGGCCCCAUGGAAGUUCAGGAUUGCCACAGGGCUGGUGCCUGCCUCCGCUGGCGGCCCCCAAGGGAUGAUGGGGGCCAGCCUGUAGAGUGCUACGUGGUGGAGAGACGGCAGGCUGGCAGGAGCACUUGGCUGAAGGUGGGCGAGGCCCCCGCUGACAGCACCACCUUCACGGAUGCCCAUGUGGAGCCAGGCAGGAAGUAUGCCUUCCGAGUGCGGGCUGUGACCUCGGAGGGGGCUGGCGAGGCCCUGGAGUCCGAGGAAACAUUGGUGGCUCCUGAGGCUCUCCCCAAGGCCCCUUCCGCGCCAGCCAUCCUGUCAGCCUCCAGCCAGGGCAUCACGCUGACAUGGACGGCACCUAGGGGCCCUGGCAGCGCCCACAUCCUGGGCUACCUGAUCGAGAGGCGUAAGAAGGGGAGCAGCACCUGGACAGCAGUGAACGACCAGCCGGUGCCUGAGAGGAGGUGGACGGUGGCGGACCUGCGGCAGGGCUGUCAGUACGAGUUCCGGGUCACAGCUGUGACUCCCUCAGGCCCUGGAGAGCCUGGACCCCCCUCAGAUGCCGUCUUUGCUCGGGACCCCAUGAGACCCCCUGGGCCGGUGAGGAAUCUCCAAGUCACAGACACAUCGAACACCAGCAUCACUCUGAUCUGGGCUGGGCCAGACACCAAGGACGGGGACGAAGCCCAGGGGUAUGUGGUGGAGCUGUGUGGCUCAGACAGUCUCCAGUGGCUCCCGUGCCAUGCGGGCACCGUGCCAGUCACCACCUACACGGCCAAGGGCCUUCGGCCUAGAGAGGGCUACUUUGUGCGGGUGACAGCAGUUAAUGAAGGAGGUCAGAGCCAGCCCACUGCCCUGGACACAUUAGUGCAAGCUAUGCCUGUUACUGUCUGUCCUAAGUUCCUUGUGGACUCCAGCACCAAGGACUUGCUGACGGUCAAGGUCGGGGACACUGUUCGUGUGCCCGUCUCCUUUGAAGCCGUGCCCAUGCCUGAGGUGACCUGGCUGAAGGACGGCUUGCCCUUGCCCAAAAGAAGUGUGACCGUCACUAAGGAUGGCCUCACCCAGCUUCUGAUCCCUGUGGCUGGCCUCUCAGACAGUGGUCUCUACACUGUAGUGCUGAGGACCCUGCAGGGGAAGGAAGUUGCCCACAGCUUCCGUAUCAGGGUGGCAGCGUGUCCGCAGGCACCUGGGCCCAUCCACCUGCAGGAGAACGUGCCUGGGACGGUGACGGCUGAGUGGGAGCCCUCUCCGGACGAGGCCCGGGGUGUCCCGCUACACUAUGCAGUGUUCACGCGCUCCUCGGUGCAUGGCCCCUGGCGCGAGGCAGCUGACCGCAUCCACACCAACCGCUUCACCCUCUUGGGCAUCCUCCCUGGCCACGAGUACCACUUCAGGGUGGUGGCCAAGAAUGAGCUGGGGGCCAGCAAACCCUCGUACACCAGCCAGCCCUGGUGCAUCCCCCGGCAGCGCGACAGGUUCACAGUGAAGGCUCAGAGCUACCGGGAGCCUGACCUGAGCCAGAAGCCCCGGUUCCUGGUGGGCCUGCGGUCCCAUCUCCUGCCCCAAGGCUGCGAGUGCUGCAUGAGCUGCGCCGUGCAGGGCUCGCCCCGGCCCCACGUCACCUGGUUCAAGAACGACCGCAGCCUGGAAGGAAACCCCGCAGUGUACAGCACUGACCUGAUGGGCGUGUGCUCCCUCACCAUCCCCAGCGUAUCCCUGAAGGACAGCGGCGAGUACAAGGCUGUGGCCGAGAACACACUGGGCCAGGCAGUCAGUACUGCCACCCUCAUUGUCAUAGGUAAUGGUGGCUGCCCUGGCAGUGGGACAGGAAGGAGAGCCAGGAGAGCAGUCACCUGCCUGCCUUCAGGGAGCCUCCGGGGGGCGCCUAGAGGGAUUCAGCGGGGAGUCAGGAGACCAGGACACUCUGCCUGACUCUAUGAACUUUCAGCUAUUUAACCUACCAACACAAGCCCACAUGUGGUCUCGAUUCGCCCACUUUUAAAAAAAAAUUAUUGUUGUUGUUAUUAUUAUCAUU